UUCACGAACUGCAAACGAGCUUCGAAAACAGUUGCGCUGUUACCAACUCUCAUUUUCUCAGUCCGGAACAAAAGAUUUGAUCAGCUCUGCUGCUAGAGAGAGAGAGAGAGAGAGAGAAGAAAGCUGGCGUCUUCCUCGCCCCCUCCGGCCCAGACGCGGGUCCCUCUGCCGCCGGACCCCGGUGAAAAUCCUGUAGAAGAUGGAGCUCAAUUUUCAUUGGUUCCCAUUCACAUUGUUACUUGUGCAACUCAACUUCCAGCUGAAUUUCUGGAACCCUCUUCUGAUAGGCAAUUAGUGAUUGGUUUUGAUUGUGAGGGUGUUGACCUAUGUCGCUAUGGCAGGCUUUGUAUCAUGCAGCUAGCUUUUCCAGAUGCUAUAUAUUUGGUUGAUGCCAUUCAGGGAGGUGAGAUGCUCAUGAAGGCAUGCAAGCCUGCACUUGAGUCUACGUACGUCACCAAAGUCAUUCAUGACUGCAAACGAGAUAGUGAGGCUUUGUACUUUCAAUUCGGCAUCAAAUUGAAUAAUGUUGUGGAUACUCAGAUUGCUUACACCCUUAUAGAGGAGCAAGAAGGAAGGAAGCGAUUGCCCGAUGAUUACAUAUCUUUUGUCAGCCUUCUUGCAGAUCCACGUUAUGGUGGCGUAUCUUAUCUCGAGAAGGAAGAAGUCCGUAUCCUCCUUAGGCAGGACCCCAAGUUCUGGACGUACAGACCACUGUCUGAAAUGAUGAUACGUGCAGCUGCAGAUGAUGUUCGAUUUCUUGUUUACAUCUAUCGCAAGAUGAUGGAGAAACUGAAUGCACGAUCCUUGUGGUAUCUGGCUGUUCGCAGUGCUCUUUAUUGUCGAUGUUUUUGCAUCAGUGACAACAAUCAUGCUGAUUGGCCGUCUUUGCCUCCAAUUCCAGAUGAUAUAUCUGCAGAGAAGAAUGCGCCAGAGGAGGAAAUCCUUUCUGUUCUUGAUGUUCCACCUGGAAAGAUGGGACGUGUUAUUGGAAGGAGAGGAGCUUCAAUUAUGUCUGUUAAGGAAUCUUGCAAUGCUGAAAUCUUCUUUGGAGGUGCCAAAGGUCCACCUGACAAGGUAUUCCUCAUAGGACCAGUGAAGCAGGUGAGGAAGGCAGAAGCCAUACUGCGGGGGAGAAUGAUGGAUCUGUAAUGAGAGGUGGCAAUUGCAUUGCUUCUCUUAUCCAUCAUCUUCACUAUUCAUGACAAUUAUGGCUUUCACAGAUAUUGGGUUUGGCUGUUGAAACGAUUGUGCUUGUUCUAACUGUACAGUGAAAUGCAUCAGUUGCUUUUCUAUACGCUUUCUCAAUCUAUACGCAUACAUAGAUUGAAUCCAAAUUGCGCUUCAAUUGGCAGUUGCUUGUUAAUGGAAUCGCCCUUCUAUCCA